UUGCACUUCAGUGCGAAUAUUGGAACGCGACCAAUGGAUGAUCAUGGUAUUCGGCCAUUUUGCCGAUGGUGUUCCCAUUUCUAAAGUCCGUUUCUUCCUUUUCUUAGAAUAAUCCAUAAAGAAUUUAAAUUUACUAAUAGAUCAUUAAAGUUUUAACGCCGUUUGAUGCUGUCUCACUUUGGUGGCUUCAAAAUUAUUGAAAUUCUUUGUUUCUUUACCUUUUCGCAACAUGCCAUUGCCUAGUCGAGCCAGAGUUUAUGCUGAUGUCAAUUCUCACCGCCCAAGAGAAUAUUGGGAUUAUGAAUCUCAUGUUGUAGAAUGGGGAAAUCAAGAUAACUAUCAACUUGUAAGAAAACUAGGCAGAGGAAAAUACAGUGAAGUAUUUGAAGCCAUCAAUGUAUCAAAUAAUGAAAAAUGUGUUGUUAAAAUAUUGAAGCCUGUUAAAAAAAAGAAGAUAAAAAGAGAAAUCAAAAUUUUGGAAAAUUUGAGAGGAGGACCUAAUAUAAUUGCACUUCAAGCAGUAGUUAAAGAUUUUGUAUCAAGAACUCCAGCACUAAUAUUUGAACAUGUGAAUAAUACAGAUUUCAAACAAUUGUAUCAAACUCUUACAGAUUAUGACAUUAGAUUUUACCUUUAUGAAUUGUUAAAGGCUUUAGAUUACAGUCAUAGCAUGGGCAUCAUGCAUCGAGAUGUUAAACCCCACAAUGUUAUGAUUGACCAUGAAAAUAGAAAAUUACGUUUGAUUGAUUGGGGUCUUGCUGAGUUUUACCAUCCCGGCCAAGAAUAUAAUGUCAGAGUUGCCUCUCGUUAUUUUAAAGGACCUGAGCUCUUGGUAGACUAUCAGAUGUAUGAUUAUUCUUUAGACAUGUGGAGUUUAGGUUGCAUGCUGGCUAGUAUGAUAUUCAGAAAAGAACCUUUCUUCCAUGGCCAUGAUAAUUAUGAUCAGGCAUUCUCGUAAAAGGUGGGAAAGAUUUGUUCACAGCGAUAAUCAACACCUUGUUACACCCGAAGCUCUGGACUUUCUGGACAAACUUUUGCGUUAUGACCAUCAAGAAAGAUUAACUGCCCGUGAAGCUAUGGAACAUCCCUAUUUCUAUGCCAUAGUUAAAGAUCAACAAGCUAGAUUUGCAGAAACUCAACGCAUGUCUGGUCACAAUUCACCCCCACCAGCCUCUACUGUUGUUUUCAGGGAAAAAUUAGAUAUCAGUCAAAAGGGCAAAAGGAGAAAGAAAGAAAAUUACAGAAAUGAGGCCAAUGCAUCUUUAAGCUCCAGCACCAUUACUGGUAUGCCUACAUCGCCCAUCUCUUCUCCAAGCAUCACAAUACAACCGAAUUCCACAGCAGCCCAAUCUUAAAGAUACUUUAUAAAUAGCUUUCUUCCUUUUAUUUCUAAAGAGCAUUUUCUUUGCUCAGGCAAAGUUUUUUUUCUUUUUUCGAUUGUUUAUUUAAGACAUACAGAAGAUAACAGUUAUCAACCUUGCCUUUGCCAAAUUUCUAAGAGCAGCUGAGUCAAGUGACAUCUGAGACUUAAAUCAUCAUCAAGCAGCGGGUAAAGGACAAAAGCGCUAUCGAUGGAUUGGUUGGUCAAGCAUCCAAGAUCUCUCAUUGAUAUUCAGUGUUUAUUUAAGUGUUAAUUUUAUUCACUCUUCUGCUUUGUCAUUUAACAAACAUUGCUGAUUAAAAUGAAUUCCAUUGUUAAAAUUAUGUCCUCUGUUAGUUUCACUGUUGAGGGAUCAUUUUUUUAGCAGUCAUCUAAUAGUUCAGAAAUUUAGUAAAGUAAUCUCUAAACCAUAUCUCUUCAUUAGUCACAAAAGUAUAUUACAGUGCUAUUUUUACCAAUCGAUUACCAAACCUAUUUGUUUUGAAUAAAUUAAAAAAGAAAAAAUAUGCCGUUUUAUUUAAAAGUAUUAGUAUUCAUGAACAUUUAUGUAGCAAUAAAACAAAACAAUUUCCUUUUGUGGUUCUUUUAUUAUAUUAAUUUGUUCAAAAAUGUAGAUUGUUACGUAUAGUGUUCAUCUGUAAAUGGAGGUUAAAAAAAUAAAAUAAAAGGUGACAUUCUUUA